AGUUGCAAAACAAACCUUCACAAAAUAAAUUGUUAAAACGUCAGAGGCGCGCGCGCUCACGUUUGUUUAAAAAAUAAAUACAAAAAAAUAAAUAAAUAAAACCAGAAGUGUUUUCAAGCAAAUUCAAAAGCAAUUAAAUAAUACAUAAAGUUGGUGAUUUUUUCUGAGCUUUUUGUUUAGUUCUCUUACUCAAAUAUUGAAAUAAUUUAUUUGCAUAAAAGUGUUUAAAGAAAGAAAAAAAAAUUCAUUAAAUAUUCUCUAAUAAAAUACGAAAAAAUAGCUAAUAAUUCCAAACAAAAUAUAAAAUUGUUGAAAAUUUAAAUUAAAAUAAAAACAAAAGAGAAAAUUUUAAAAAUAAAAAGUUUCUUGUUUAAAUCUUUUGUUUUUAUUAAUAAGUGUUUUCUGAAAAUGGAAAGUGUUGUUAAGCGAUCAUAAAAUUAUUGUGAUAAUUGUGUGAAAAAUGGCUUUAACAAACUUUUCUUUACCCUUUGGGGCUUUGGCUCAGUCGUCAGCACCUUGGAGUGCCACGGUUUCUCCUCUACAUCCCAUACACCAGCAAUUGGCGGCCAAUACAAACAAUUUACUCUACUCACCGGCCGACCAUCAACAGCAGCAGGGUGAUAGUGGGCCACCACCACCAGGUUCGGAUUUCUACAAAAAUAAUCCUUAUGCUCCACCUCAGCAAACGCCGCCGCAGCAAACAUCAUAUCAAUACAACAGCAAUAAUAACAACAACAACAAUAACGGUAGGCGUAAAAAUACCUAUUUGCCACCAAUACCACCACCAGGAGCCAGAAAUACACAACAAUUUCAUAAUCAACAGCAACAACAACAGCAAUUUCAACAUCAUCAGCAAUUUAGUCAUAUUAAUACUCAUCAUCAGCAGCAACAUGUAACACAAAAUAUUAAUAGUAAUAAUAAUAACAACAAUAACAAUAACAACGUUUAUAAAACUGCUAUAUCAUCUGCCUCAGCGGCGGCCACAUCAAUUGCUACAGCCACGGCCACAGCCACAGCGAAUUCAAACACAAAUACCCGCACUUAUGGUGAAGGUACUUACACUAGAUUUCCACCAGCUACUCAGAUUCAUAACAAUAAUAAUAACAACAACAACAACAUUAAUAAAGAUCAUCCACAACAACAACAGCAGCAGCCACCACAAUAUUACAAUUCUUUUCCAUCUACUCCACAACAAACAAAUCGUAUAAAUACAGCUGCUGCCUCAUCAGCCACAAAUCCUUCACCAUCACAAUCCCUUCCUAAAUAUGGUGUACCCAAUCCAGUGGAGACACCAGCCCCCACAUAUGGAGCUGCUGGCUCUGUGGCUACAGCAUCCGGUAAUAAGGCUGAUAACUUACCCAACGAUUCUAGUUCAAAUGAUCCCUAUCCCGCCAAACCGCCCGGUUUUACAAGGGUACAGGCCGGCCAGGGUUCCAAGACACGUGUACACGCUGUGCUGGAUUAUGAUCUGGAGGAGGGUGAAGAGGAGGAUUACUAUGAUGCUGAAGAUCAUGGAGAGGCUAUUAACAAAGAUGGUUCUCCUAAAACUCCCAUGACUGUUACCCCCAUACAAGGACCAAUUUACCUCAAAAAUGGUACAGUACCUGUGGUGCCAUUGUUCCACUAUCCCAGCUUUAAUAAUGGUUCAUUUGUACAAAUACCUAUUUGGUGGACAGCCUUAUCAGUGGCUUUGGGUUUGGAUGUACGUGGAGACUUGAUAAAGGGUGUGCCUUGCAUAAAACGUUAUCACCAAUUGUUUUGCCCUACAGCCGGCAAUAGUUAUCCCAUAGAUAAAAUUGAACGAUUUAUAGACGAUAACAAGGCCUUAAUGAGACGCAUGUAUGGAGAUUUCGAAAUGAAUAUGAACGAUGGUGGGCCGAGACAACAAACGAAAAAACGCAAAAGAAGAUUUAUAGAUGAACCCGAUAUUUUCCUACCACCCGGUGUAUUUCCCACAUUUGUGCCCGACGACAAGGUGGAGGCUCAUGACGAAGAGCAGGGCGAAAGUUAUUUUGGUAAAUUACGCAAUAAACGUCAAACCAAUCAGGGCAAUCGUAAUGCCAAACAGGCCCAAAAUGCUCCACAAAAUGGUUCAUCGUCAACGGGAAGAUUGGAUGCCUGUGAAUCGAAAGUCGAAAUAGUGACUCCUUAUUGGGCCUCGAAUUCAGCUGGUAAAAUAAGAGCCAUUGUGAAUACUCAACAUUUUGAGCAGGCAAUACAUCAGGAAAUAUGCUCAAAAGCACGAACUUCACGCUGUCAAGGUGAAUGCGGCUGUGAGCAGAAAUACAAAUGGCAUCGUUUAUUGGCCUACGAUCCAGACAAUGAUUGCAAGGGAAUCUUCAUGGAUUGGUUUCUGUUUCCAUCAUGCUGUGUGUGUCGAUGCAAUCCCUAAGAAAUCACAAAAACAACUACAACUACUACUAACUAUAACAACAUCUUAGUGACAUUUCCAUAGACUUUAGCUAGUUAGAAGUUAAGAUCAUUUGUUUUUUAAAAAAAUUUGUAAAAUGUUUCCUUAAAAGUUUAUUUCUUUAAUUUUUUGUAGCAUUAUAAGAAAAAAUGCAUAGAAAACCAAUCUUUAUUAACAGUUUUAUUAAAGUUUAAAUUUUAUUAAAAGAAAAACACAGAAAAAAUGUAUUUUAGUUGUUUAAGAGUAAGAUAAAUAAUUUCAGAGUACAUAAUAAUAAAAACAUUUAAAACGAUGAAAAAAAAAACAGAAAUAUUAUUAAACAUGUCUAUGAAGUAAUCCUAAAAUAUUUGUUCAUUAUGUACUUAUUUGUAUUAAGUCAGACGACAUCUAAAAUUGUUGUUUUUUUAAAUCGUUCUUAUGUUCUAAAUAUAAAAUUAAGUUGAUAAAGAAAGAAAGCAUGUAUUUUAUAUUUGCUAAGAAUUGAAUUAAUUUAGAUUUAAUGUGCUGCUAGUUUUAACAAUUCUCGAAAUAAAAACUCAAAUAAAUCCAUUCAUUAUUCAUUCAUUGAUCAAAAAUUAUGAACAU